AUGGCCGGUGUGAGGAAUCCCGCUGGACGCUCCGUUAUGAUUCUAGCCGCUUUAUUUUGCAUUUUUGCGGUUGCGAGAUGCACGGAAAACGUUCCUCUGCUAAUGUGGACCAGCAAUGGGUUCUCCCUGCCACCCCACAGUGCACCAUCCGCUGGUCAGACUCUGUCCGGCAACCAGCUUCAGUCCUACCUUAACUCUGCUCUCAGUUCUGCACCACACAACGUUCUGCUCUUCCUUCAGGACAAGCUAAGCGUAGACGACUUCACCAUGUAUGCGGGCGUGUUCGGGAACAAGCAGGACAGCGCCUUUCCCAAUCUCGAGACGGCACUGCAGUCCUCCUCCUCCUUGCUCCUGCCGUCCGUCUCCUCUUCGGCCAGCGCCGCACUUCCUGCGCUCCUGCAGGAUCAGCUUAACACAGCUCCUCUGUACAUGGACCCGGAGACUCUGGCUCAGCUACGUCUCAACGCCUCGCUCCCCGCACUGCUUGUUUUCAGCCUCCCCUACAGCCCCUCUGGGGCUGAUAUGAUGUCUGUUAGAGAAGUGCUCAGCAGUAAUGAUGAGGUGGUCUCUCAGGUCCUGAGGAUCAUGAAUAGCCAGUCUGUACCGUACACAGCCAUCUACACCGCCCUCCGACCCUCACGAGUGAUGGAGGACGCCGCUCCGGCGCCGCAUUCAGUCGGGGCUCGAUCCCUGCUGCAGUACAGGCGCGAGGGCCCGCCUCCUCCCUACGCCCCCGUGGAGUUUAUGGAGCACGGAUCCCCCUGUAUCCUGCUCUGGGCCCACAACCUCACCGUCAGCGAAUACCGCUCAGGAAAAUGGGAGCGACACAACCUCGGGCCUAAAACCUUCGGAGAGGGCGUCACCCCCAAACUAGAGGGCUCCUUCUGCAACGCCACUCACUCCAAGCUGGUCCUCAACUAUGAGAACGUGUUAAGCUAUCGCACUUUUAAACUCAUUUUUGUCAUGAGUCAGAGGCACUACAAGGUUUCGGCGCGCCGCUGGUUCACCAUGGAUUCGGUGCAGCUGGAGUACGACGGCAAGGCGGCUUCGUUCAACGCCAGCCGCGGCGUCUACGCUCCGGUCGAGUACUCCUUCCGCUGCCACUCGGUCAACAGCUUCAGCUACCCGCUGCUCACGCCACGCUCCGCCAAGGACAACGCCAACGACUGGAGGGUCUCCUUCGAUGACUUCCAGAUCCAGGGCUUUAACGUGACGGGAAGAGAGUUCGCGUACGCCAGCGACUGCGCCAGUUUCUUCACCCCGGGCAUCUGGAUGGGGCUCCUGAUCUCGGCCCUCAUGGUGCUGCUGCUCACCUACGGCCUGCACAUGAUCAUGCAGCUGCACACCAUGGACCGAUUCGACGACCCCAAGGGCCCGGCCAUCUCCGUCCCCCAGACCGACUGAUCAGCGGUCACACACCUGAGCGCUCCUUCAUUUCAUCAGCGCAGUAAAUCAUUCCAUCCAUCACACACAGGUUCAUUUCAGAUGGUUUUUGUUUAUUGUGUUUAAUGUGUAUCGAACCCUGAGAGAGGCGCACAAUGGUGUUCACACUGGAGUCAUUCCUCUAGACGCACUGUUACAUUUACAUUCUGAAAUCAUUUUAUUUAUAUUUAUUUAUCUCUCUGAUCCACCGUGUUUAUUUCUCACCUGUUUUUAUGUGAGGAAGUUGGACAGGUUCUGUACUCAUCGAGCGCUGGAAUGCCCUGGAUAGGGUGGCAGUCCAUCACAGGGCCCAGGCAUACCCCCAAACAUGACCCCCCCUCUCCCCCGUUGACAUAGCCAAUCACAUCUAUAUAGACGCCCUACCAUGGAGAGCAACACUUAGAUUCGAACCUGAGCGCCCACAUCACUGAUGUGUUGUGUUUACAUUUAGCAAAUGCUUUUAUCCAAAGCGACUUACAGUUGUAACCAUAUACAAGGGUUAAGGGCCUUGCUCAAGGGGCCAACAGUGGCAGUCUGGCAGUGGUGGGACUUGAAACAGCAACCUUCUGAUUACUGGCCCAGCACCUUAACCACUAGGCUACAACUGCCCUACUGGGUUUAAACCGUGUCAGCGUACAAGAGUAGUUAAUCCGAAAAUUCAAUAUACAGAAGUAACUGAUGGGUCAAGACGAAGCUGGUCAGUGUAGUGGCGCAACUAAUGUUUUUGUCAGCCGUCGUUUUUUUUCCUGGAGUGGUGUUUGGUAUGUUCUCUCCACUCCUUAAAAGUUUCAUCCAAGCAUUUUACAUAUAACAUCAUCUGAUUGCAGUUUUUUGGGUUGGCAGACGCUUUAAUCCAAAGCAACUGGGUAUCACAAUUGAGACUGUAUACACUGCAAGCAUUUUAGGGCCUUGCUCAAGGGCCCAACAGUGGCAAGCUGGCAGGUGCAGGGCUCGAACCAGCGACCUACUGAUUACUUGUCCUGUACCUUAACCACUGGGCUACUCCUGCCCUUAUUCAGGUUAAAUGUAUUUUGUGUAAUUAUGGUCACGGAAAUCCUUUUGUCCAUGAACUGUUUGUACAUUUUGUAUUUAAACGGAAUUAAUUAUUAGUAAUGUACAAUAAGUAAUGCAUUAAUGCACCACGUUUAUUAUAUAAAGGUUCCAUAAAUCAACAGUCGCAUUUAAUCCAUAGCUAACAAUGAUGUGCUGAGUUUAAUCCUGGUGUUCGUACUUUAGUACCAACAACAUUUAAUCACUACCGGUUGAAAAUGUGGAGUGCCUUGUGCGUGUUCAUGUGGCGUGGAUGCACUGCCUCCCUGUCCAGGUUAAAAAGGUUACUCCCAAUGAAAAAUAAUCAUCAGAAUUACCUCUAAUGUUUAAUUCUGCUUUUAAAUUUGGUGUAACACAGAGUCUGUAAGAUCACUUAACAGUUUGCGGGUCCUCGGAGACCAGCAAAGCUGAAAAAGCAAAAAAUUAGGACCAAAAAAUGUAAAAUAAGAAUCAAAUAUUAGCUAAAUUUAAAAAAUAAGGAACUACUCGAUCUUUGGGCUUUUAGUCUGACUCCUACCACUAGAUGUCAGCACUCGCUCUACAUGCACUUCAUGAGUCUUCUGCAGCCGAGACGUUACCACGUUUUCAACAUGGAACAGAAGCCUGGAUAUGAUGUGUUUCCCUCCUCAACCUACAUUAAAUUCAAGCUUUCAUGUCUUUUGGUGCACUAACUCAUAUUCCUGUCCCUUACAGUUUUGCUUUCUGUUCACUGAUGACUAUUUAUUAAAGUGUAAAAUCUAAUAUUUGGAUUAAUUGUAUAAACAAGAUGAAAAUAUUGCUGUGUAGUGGCUAGAUGAAGAUUUAUUUAUUCGUAGCAUGAGUGUCCGAGUGUGCUCAUCCUGGUUUGUCCUUGUAAAACUGUGAAAUCCAGAUGUUUGUGUUGUAUAAAUGUACACAGGGAAAUAGAUGAUGUUUAUUAAUUAAGAGAGGGGAUUUGAUGUACUUCCAAAAUCUGCAUUUCUGCACUGCACCAAGUCCUGGAAUGAAAGAGACACAUUUAAGAUGGUAAAGGGAAGCAAGACAAGCUUUUUUGUCUUGUUACUGCAAAUCUGUUUUGUUUGUUUACAUUGAUUAACAGAUCAAAUGAAAAACAAAGGGAAGAUGGUGAAGUAUUAAUCCUGAUGUCUAUUUAAAAUUGAAUUGUAUGUGUAAAUGUGAGCAGUUGCAGUCGUAUUGUGUAAAUCAUAGCAAUGUGGGGGAUAAACCACUAUAAAAUCUAUGCUUCAUCAUUCAAAGCAGUGCAAACAUUGAUGUUUAAACAUGAUCACAGAUGGUGCGGUUCAACAUUUCGAUCUGAACCCAAUAAUAAAUGGAGUACAUGCUGGUA